CUCGAUGGCGGCUUCUUAGCGUGAUGAUGAACGACGUCACUUUUGGGAGAGCUCGGAGCAGGAGCCAUCGCGAUCAGGAGCUCUUUCCGCACCAAACACCAACGCCGACACGGCCAAGCUACGAUUCUGGCUAGCAGCCAUGGCGUCCGCCAGCGAUGUCUUCACCGUCGUUAGUUCGCUUGCUUUACGAGUGAGCAUUUGGAUCUUCUUGCGAUGGAUCCCCACCACAGUCGUUCCGCCGCUUGCCGCAGCCCUCACUGCCGUCUACAUACCCUCCUUCUUCGUCAGCUUUCAGGAUACAGCCGAGUACAGGGUUAUUUCAGAUGAGCUGGACAUCAUCGUGAAGGACACGAUCGAACGCGACUCGAGCGCUGAGGCUGAGCUCAUUGAAGGCGCCGAGGAUGGUCCCCUGGAGGAGCUCGACGUACAGGAGACAAUACAAUAUGAAGAGAGGCAACCCAAGAUCAUCAGGACACUCCUCACGGGUCUCCCAAGCCCCUCGUCGGCGCUAUGGAGCUGGAUCACGUUCGGUAUCAACAUGGCCCUGAUCGCUAUGGCUCUGGACGUCGUCUACCGUGCACCUCUCCUUCACGACUGCCACAACGCGUCGUUUGGGCGCAUUGGAUAUGUGUCAGACCACAGCGCAAGGGUGCUGGUCAGGGAACCGUAUGCGCACGACGUCAAGGUCUUGUACCGAUCGAUCGACGAGUUGAAUCGCUCUUGGAUGCACAAGACGCUAUACGCUUCUCAACCCGGGCAGUGGCUGACGAACGACACCGACUUCACCUCCGUUAUCGACAUCGACCACCUGCGUUCCGAUACUCCAUAUGAGUACGUGAUUAACACAUCGAGUGGAAAUAAGACCGGCAUCUUUACCACUGCGCCGCGCCCUGGACGUAUCUCAACCUUCAAGGACAACAAGUACACGUUUGUCCACUCGAGCUGUAUCAAGCCUCGUGUACCAUACACACCGGUCCAACAUCCUCUCGAAUUCCCAGGCAUGAAACACCUCGCGGACUGGCUGCGCGAGCUGAGGCCGUACUUCAUGCUUUUCCUCGGCGACUUCAUCUAUAUUGACGUUCCGCACAGACAGGGCAAGGAGGCAGAGACUUACAGGCGCGAGUACCGCCAGGUUUACUCGUCCCCGUCGUGGCCUGCAGUGAGCGACAAUCUGCCUUGGAUUCACGUCAUCGACGACCAUGAGAUCCAGAACGACUGGAACAGCAACAUGACGGGAGUAGCAGUCCCUGCAUACGACGCCUUUACGCACUACAACGCUGCCGCCAACCCGCCUGCUCACCGCGAGGGAACCACCUACUUCUCGUUUACCCAGGGCCCAGCAGAAUUCUUCCUUCUCGACACACGUCGAUACCGCAGCCCCGCCAACAAGGAUCCCAACGACCCCAACAAGACAAUGCUCGGCGCCACCCAGCUUUCCGACCUACUCGCCUGGAUCGAGAAGGAGCCGCCACGCGGCGUGCACUGGAAAUUCAUCGUCACCGGUAUCCCCUUCACCAAGAACUGGCAAUUCGGCUCCGAGGAUACCUGGGGUGGACACCUUUUCGAGCGCCAGCGCGUCCUCGAAGCCGCCUGGCAGCACUCGACCACCCAUGGCGUUGGAAUCGUCGUCCUCUCCGGCGAUCGCCACGAGUUCGCCGCCACUGCUUUCCCCCCACCCGUUGGGUCUCGCUGGCCGGUAAGUGCCACCGUGCACGAGUUCAGCACCAGUCCGCUGAGCAUGUUUUACCUCCCUGUCAGGACGUACAAGGAGAUUGAUGACGAGGAUGUCACGAUCAAGUAUUUGCCCGACGGGAAUAGCAAGUUCGGCGCUGUCGAAAUCACGACGCCGGUGCAUGGCGAGCAGAGCCAUUUGAACUAUAGGCUGUUUGUGGACGGGGAAGAGGCGUGGACACAUCUCAUCUCGACGCCGCCGAGUAAAGACGGAAGCCACCGGGCGCGGGACGCUGUGUGGGGUUGAAUCGGGAGACUGUAAUCAUGGGCCAUAUCGCCUGGUGGCGCACUUGAGGGUUAUGUACGGGUUGGUUUGUCUUAGCGAUUUCCUUAGAUCGUAGCAGAAGCAGCUUAGAUGCGCGCA